GGAAAUUUUUUUGGGAUUGUGCCAAACCAGAAAAUACCGAUAUCAACCGAGUAGCCAAACACCACCCAAACCCUUAACCCCGCGCCCCAGGGCUUUGAAAACCCUAGAAAACUGAGAAGACUCCACCGUUGGUGGUUUUCAGAGUAUCAAUGUCAGAUAUCAAUGCGACGUCUAUAUGUGAGAGUGCACGAUCAGACUCUCCAAAGCACUUGCUCAAUCGACGGUCCGAAUCUCCGCAACGGCCUUCAAAGAUCGCCAGAACGGACGAUCUCAGUGACGGCGAGCAGCAGGACUCUGUCGCUUCCAAAACCAUGACCCAGAACCCUAGAGUUCAGAGGUACUUGGUUGCGGUUGAGUAUAUUGGGACUCGGUUCUCCGGCUCUCAACAGCAGCUGAAUUGCAGAACAGUGGUUGGUGCUCUUCAGGAAGCUUUUCAUAAAUUUAUUGGACAGCCGGUUUCGAUCUUUUGCUCAAGUCGAACUGUUGUCACGAUGAAUUUCAUGUUGCCACAUGAAAAGGAUGCAGGAGUGCAUGCCUUGUCAAAUGUCUGCCAUGUAGAUGUUGAACGCAUAAGCAAAAGGAAGCCUGGUGAAGUGUUACCACCUCAUGAACCUGCAGUUGUUCGGAGAGCUGUGAACCAUUUCUUACAGAAGAAUGAAGGUGACGUAAUGGUGAUUGAUGUUCGUUGUGUUCCACCUGACUUUCAUGCUAGAUAUAAAGCUCGAGAGCGAACGUACUUCUACCGCUUGCUGUCUGGACCAGAGCCUUUGUCAAGCUUUGAGAAAGAUCGGGCUUGGCAUGUACCUGAGGACCUAGAUCUUCUUGCUAUGCAGAAAGCAUGCAGGGUUCUUGUUGGAUGUCAUGAUUUUAGUUCCUUCAGGGCAGCUGGUUGUCAGGCAAAGUCACCUAUCAGAACUUUAGAUGAACUCUGUGUUUCUGAGGUACUGCCAACUCCAUAUUUUCCAUCAAUCACUGAGAGGGUACAAAAUAAUUUCACGGAGGAGAAUCCCCUUGCUUGCUCCAACAAUGCUGAAGUGCCUGAUAGCCCUUCUACCGCCAAUCAUGAUAGAUUAGAUGGCUUCAACGGUGCUGGUCUAGGAUUUGGCGUAAGGAGAAGACACCGAUGCUUUGUGGUAACUGCACGGGCACGCUCUUUUCUCUAUCACCAGGUUAGACUGCUCGUGGGUGUUAUCAAAUGUGUUGGCACUGGAGACCUAACAGUUUCCGACGUCGAAAGGAUCCUGAACGCAAAGACAGUGACUGCUGCAAGUCCCAUGGCCCCUGCUUGCGGUCUUUACCUUGGAAACGUGAAUUAUGAUCUUCCCUGAAUUCAUGUUUCGGGAAAAUCGCUAUUUCUUCAGAAACAUGCAUCACCAGCAUUAUCCAUGGGAAGAACUCGCCCUUGGAUGUUGGAACUGCUCGAUCAACAAAGUUGUCCGAAGAAUAAAUAGCAAUGAAAAGUAUGUGAAAAUUUAUUUGAAAUAAGCAAAUUUUUUGGAUGUGGAAUCAAUUGAUGCUGGCUUUAACUUCUAUAGAGAUUGAUUUAAUUUAAAUCCAGAAAAAUGGCAAGUAGAUGAACGAUUUCUAGAUUC